UGUACAAACAAAAUGUGCGAACAGACGAUACCAAAGAAGAAGAUGAAGAUGAAGAAGACGGGUUUGACAGACGUGAUCCGCUAGAACGCGCCUUCGUCGCUGUUCGGGAUUAUGCAUAUCACAGUGCGAAAAGCAGCAGAUGGUCGUUUGGUUUUAUCCCAGUGCCAGAAGGACCACUUGUAUCAUUGCCCCUUCUGCCAGCCCUCAAUUUUCAAGCCCCGAGACUAUGCCAGUGUGUUGACACACAUUGAGUCGCACAGAUUGAAGGCUGUGCUGCAUAGAGAGUUCACAAUAUUCAUAUGCCAUCUGGAGUGCAGAGAAGCAAAGCAUUUCCACUGCCCAUAUUGCCCCAAGACCUAUGUAAAUAGGAGUGAUUUUACCAAACACAUUCCACAAUGUGAGUCAGUAUGUUAUCGAGCCCCAGGUUCAACAGCGAGAGCCCCAGAUGUAACCAGUGCAUCGGCGAGAGCCCCAGAUGUAACCAGUGCAUCGGCGAGAGCCCCAGAUGUAACCAGUGCAUCGGCGAGAGCCCCAGAUGUAACCAGUGCAUCGGCGAGAGCCCCAGAUGUAACCAGUGCAUCGGCGAGAGCCCCAGAUGUAACCAGUGCAUCGGCGAGAGCCCCAGAUGUAACCAGUGCAUCGGCGAGAGCCCCAGAUGUAACCAGUGCAUCGGCGAGAGCCCCAGAUGUAACCAGUGCAUCGGCGAGAGCCCCAGAUGUAACCAGUGCAUCGGCGAGAGCCCCAGAUGUAACCAGUGCAUCGGCGAGAGCCCCAGAUGUAACCAGUGCAUCGGCGAGCGGUUCAGCGUGUCCAGCUGUGAAACCUGCAGUCAAGCGGAAAAUCAAGUGUUGCAACUGCAGUUUGUGGCUUAACAAAAAAAACCUGAGGAAACAUCAACUUAGAAAACAUACAUCUGCUGAGAAGGGCAUUACAGCUCACUCCAAUCUCAAGGCUCAGUGCCUUGACCAGGACAAUUGGGUGUUUGCAGAGGAUAAACACAUCUACCCUGUCUCUCCUUCUUCUGUGCUAAUUCGGGAAAUGCUUACCAAGCAAGAGAUGAUACUGGAACAACAGACACUCAUCCUACGACUCUUACAAACAGCACAGCAGAAUGGAGCAGAAUAUGCGAUCGAAGGAGGCCUUCUGCCAUUGAAGGAUCAACAAAGUCUCCAGAGGCUGGAAACCGAUCUUCAGGGGGCUGACUUCAAACUUAAACUGAUUAACCACUUGAGCCUCGUUGGGGGAUGCGAUGUGAAGGAUGUCGUGUGGCGUUUAAUGAGGCACACAAUUUCCAAUGCGCUGGCAAAAAACAUGAAUUGGAGAGGAGUGAAUAGGAAAAUCUCUCUUGGAUCUCUUCGACUAAGAGAGGUUUUGAUUGCUGUUGUCCGGAAGAAUCCGUUAACAUCUAAAGCAUCUGAGAGCGAUGUGGAGUCUGUCAUGAAAAAGUGGUUGCAGCUGGCAGCAUACCGGGAAGGAGGGAGAAGGAGACGAGACAGGAGUGUGGUGGCACCUGUGCCGUGAUGGACUUGGGGAGAGGGGUGUAUUUUAAGUGAUAAUGCCCAAAAAGCCGUGGUUUGGAGGACAUAUUGGCAUUCGUCUCAGGCCAGCAAACCGUGCCGCUAUGUCAUCCAAACCCUAGCUUUGAGGGCAUUAUCGCUUUAAUACAAUGGUUACCAACCUAUGAAAAUAUGUAAAUCAUUAUUUUAAUUCAAUGUUAUUUUGAUGAAUUUAUUCAUAUCAUUUCCAUCCUUUCUCGAGAUAUAGUCCCACACACAAAUCUAGGGUCGCUUGUUGUUCAUUCUAUUGGCAUCGUUGCCAACCAAACCGGUCAUUAGUUCUAUACGUUCAAUGCCAAGCUAGCAUAGCUAUCUAAGCUAAAUGGCUAUACUAGACACAAUUUGAUUUGAAUCAAUUUGUUAUCCUCGCACCUUAGCUAGCUAGUUGUAUGUUACUAUGAAAACCAGACCUACUUGCCGCCUGUCUCGUUUGGACAGUUUCAAUGAUUUGGUGGAGAUCGCAAUUCAAAAUUUAAUCAAAUCAAAAUUGUAUUUGUCACAUGCACCGGAAAUGCUUACUUACAAGCCUUAAACCAACAAUGCCAUUUUAAGAAAAAGAGAUAUAAAAGAGCAGCAGUAAAAUAACAAUAGCGAAGCUAUAUACACAGGGGGUACUGGUACAGAGUCUAUGUGCGUGGGCACCAGUUAGUCAAGGUAAGAGGUAAUAUGUACAUGUAGGUAGAGUUAAAGUGAUCAUGCAUAGAUAAUGAAACCGAGUAGCAGUAGUGUAAAAGGGGAGGGGGGGGCAGUGCAAAUUGUCUGGGUAGCCAUUUGAUUAGCUGUUCAGGAGUCUUAUGGCUUAAGGAUCGGACCCCUUUUUCAAUAUUUGCCUAAAAUGUCAUACUCAAAUCUAACUGCCUGUAGCUCAGGCCCUGAAGCAAGGAUAUGCAUUUUGUUAAUACUAUUUUGAAAGGAAACACUUUGAAGUUUGGAAAUGUGAAAGGAAUGUAGGAGAAUGUAACACAUUAGAUCUGGUAAAAAAUAAUACAAAGAAAAAAUAUACCAUCUUUGAAAUGCAAGAGAAAAGCCAUACUGUAUUAUUCCAGCCCAGGUGCAAUUUACAUUUUGGCCACUAGAUGGCAGCAGUGUAUAUGCACAGUUUUAGACUUAUCCAAUGAACCAUAGAAACAUAAUCACACAAAUUCAAGCAGGACUGCCCAAAUGUGCCUAAUUGGUUUAUUAAUAACUUCAUGUUCAAAACUGUACACUCUCCUCAAACAAUAGCAUGGUAUUCUUUCACUGUAAUAGCUACUGUAAAUUGAACAGUGCAGUUAGGUUAACAAGAAUUUAAGCCUUUUGCUUAUCAUAUAUGUCUGUCCUAGGAAAUGUUCCUGUUACUUACAACCUCAUGCUAAUCGCAUUAGCCUACGUUAGCGCCGUCCCCCAGGGGGCCCACCGAUCCUGAAGAAGUUGUUUAAGAAGCCUUUUGGAUACCUAGACAUGGUGCUCCGGUACCUCUUGCUGUGCGGGAGCAGAGAGAACAGUCUAUGACUAGGGUGGCUGGAGUCUGACCAUUUUUAGGGCCUUCUGACACUGCCUUGUAUAGAGGUCCUGGAUGGCAGGAAGCUCGGAGUACAGGAGGGGACUGAGCAAGCACCCCCAUGGGCCCCCUGUGUUGAGGAUCAGCAUGGCGAAUGUUGUUACCCACCCUUACCACCUAGGGGCGGCCCAUCAGGAAGUCCAGGAUCCAGUUGCAGAGGGAGGUGUUUAGGCGCAGGGUCCUUAGCUUAGUGAUGAGCUUUGAGGGCACUAUGGUGUUGAAGGCUGAGCUGUACAAUGAAUAGCAUUCUCACAUAGGUAUUCCUUUUGUCCAGGUGGGAAAAGGCAGUGUGGAGUGCAAUAGAAAUUUCAUGGCGACAGAAGUGAGUGCUACGGGUCGGAAGUCAUUUAGGCAGGUUACUAUGGUGGUCUGCUUGAAACAUGUUGGUAUUAGACUUAGUCAGGGACAGGUUGAAAAUGUCAGUGAAGACACUUGCCAGUUGGUCAGCGCAUGCUUGCAGUACACAUCUUGUAAAUCUGUCUGGCCUUGUGAAUGUUGACCUGUUUAUAGGUCUUACUCACAUCUGCUAUGGAGAGUGUGAUCACACAAUUGUCAGGGACAGCUGAUGCUCUCAUGCAUGUUUCAGUGUUACUUGCAUAGAAGUCAUUUAACUUGUCUGGUAGGCUCGUGUCACUGGGCAGCUCGUGGCUGUGCUUCCCUUUGUAGUCUGUAAUAGUUUGCAAUCCCUGCGAUGAGCGCUCGAGCCAGUGUAGUAGGAUUCAAUCUUAGUCCUGUAUUGAUGCUUGGCCUGUUUUAUUGUUUGUCGGAGGGCAUAGCGGGAUUUCUUAUAAGCUUCCGGGUUAGAGUCCCGCUCUUUGAAAGCGGCAACUCUACCCUUUAGCUCAGUGAGGAUGUCUGUAACCCAUGGCUUCUGGUUGGUGUAUGUACGCGCAGUCACUGUGGGGACGACAUCAUCGAUGCAUUUGAAGCCAGUGACUGAUGUUGUGUACUCCUCAAUGCCAUUGGAAGAAUACCGAACAUAUUCCAGUCUGCUAGCAAAACAGUCGUGUAGCUUAGCAUCUGCAUCGUCUGACCACUUUUUUUUAUUGACCGAGUCACUGGUGCUUCCUGCUUUAAUUUAUGCUUCUAAGCAGGAAUCAGGAGGAUAGAGUUAUGGUCAGAUUUGUCAAAUGGAGGGCGAGGGAGAGCUUUGUACGCAUCUGUGUGAAGUUUAGGUGGGCUAGAGUUUCCACCCCCCUCUCCCCUCUGGUUGCAUGUUUAACAUGCAGGUAGAAAUUGGGUAAAAUGGAUUUGUUUCCUGCAUUAAAGUCCCCAGCCACUCUGGA